AGCAGAUCAUCAGUAUUUACAUCACCUUUUAGCGCAGCAGGGAUCAGCAAUUAGAUUCAACCUGGCACCAGUUUUGAGUCAUAGUUCAAAUGAAUUAAUUUAAUAAUAUAAUUGAUAGAUGAAACAAGCAAAUAUAAUUUCCCCAUUAGUAAGUAAAGGACUUAUAUCAACACAAAUCUGGCAGAAAUGACUGAAAAUGCCUCCUCUGUGUUACACUACGAGCUAUAGAUGUAGUAUAUUUGCUAUCUAUCCAUAGCUGAUUUGUAAAAAGUAGACCUAUCCGUUUUGAUGUAAACUACGAAAGUAAACAGUGUAGCUUUCUUCAGAGGCUAAACGAUUUUUUUGGAGGGCCAGAUUUGGCCCACCACUGCUACACAAAGAUGAAAACAAUUGAUGUCAGGUCAGGUCACAGAUUUUAAUGUAAUAUCUGUGCAUCCAUCUGUCAUUCCCACGGUCUCCCACCAGGUGUCAGCAGACACUGUCGUAGCUUGCAGCAUACUUCCCUAAACAGCUCGAAUCGCUCCUUUUUGAUUGUUGUUUUGCUUGCUCUAUGUCAAUACGAGACUGGAGUAAAGAUGAUAGUAUUUUAAAUGCAGUCCACUGGAAACCUAAAAGACGUCACUCCAGGCCAAAUUAUUUCUGCAUGUGAGGCAAGAUUUAUACAAUAAGAUUUGCAGAUAAAUAUCUUCACAUUGGCUCAUAUGUUUCCCGUUUAAGACCCUCUGGCUUCGCUCUGGUGCUUGCGACCCUUGUAACGUAAGUUUUAUGUGCGCACGUCUCGUUCAAAUGCAGAUAGUUUCCCUGCAACAAGUAGAUGUUGAAACGCAGCAGAGUUGUUUGGGGUAGAGGUGGGAGUGUCUGUGCAUGGUGUUGUGUCAGACUUAUCAGCUGAUCUACAAACACUCUGGACAGAGCGCGCUCACAUACACAGUUCGCACGCGCUAUUUGGAGAUCAGUGGCGCGCUUCACUGAGCUCGUGCGCUUUUCAACGUCCUCCCCAAAGUGUUUUUUCACCUCCCUCGACCCCUCAACCAGCUUGUCCUCUACAUGGACUGUGCGUUGGGAGUCUCUCCUCCACCCACCGAGGCGUCCAAAUGGUCGGCGUCGUUUCAUAGCUGCAGUGUCUCUGGUGCUGCGGGCCUGUUUUUCGCAUGGCCGGAGCUUGCUGCAAGUGUCAAGUCUCUUUAACCGUGUUCAAGCGCUCUCUCUCGGUGGCGCCGCGGGGCUCUGGGUCCGCUGCACGAUCGCUCCUACCGGGCUGGAGGAUGGCGGAGCGGGGCCUGCAGGAGGCCGCCCGACCCUCCAGCGCCCUAAGACCCGCAGGCUUAUACCGACACACGGUCUUCUCUUAUCUCUCCUGCCAGGAGUCCAUGAGCGACAGCCUGCGGACCUGCUACCUGUACCUGAACCAAACCAGCCGGAGUUUUGCAGCUGUGAUUCAAGCGCUGGACGGAGAGUUAAGACAUGCAGUUUGUAUUUUCUACCUGGUCCUGCGGGCACUGGACACAGUGGAGGAUGACAUGAGCAUCCCUCUGGACAAGAAGGUACCCAUGCUGAAUGAUUUCCACACCUACCUCUACCAGGAUGAGUGGAGUUUCAGUGAGAGCCAGGAGAAAGACCGGCAGGUUCUGGAGGAUUUCCCCACGAUAUCACUGGAAUUCAGAAACCUUGCUCUUGAGUACAGAGAUGUCAUCUCAGAUAUCUGCCACCGUAUGGGAGUAGGAAUGGCCGAAUUCCUGGAGAAGAAAGUAGGAUCCAUGAAGGAGUGGGACCAGUAUUGCCACUAUGUGGCAGGGCUGGUCGGCAUCGGACUGUCUCGCCUCUUCUCCGCGUCUCAGCUCGAGGACCCUGAGGUGGGGCGUGACACCGAGCUGGCCAACUCCAUGGGACUGUUCCUCCAGAAGACCAACAUUAUCCGAGACUAUCUGGAGGACACACAAGAGGGGCGUGCUUUCUGGCCACAAGAGGCGUGGAGCCAGUUCGCAGGUCGCCUGGAGGACUUGGCUCAGCCAGAGAAGUUGGAGUCGGCUCUGUCCUGCCUCAACCUGCUGGUCACUGAUGCUCUGCGCCACGUCCCAGAUGUCAUCACCUACCUGUCCCGCCUGCGGAACCAGAGCGUCUUCAAUUUCUGUGCCAUUCCACAGGUGAUGGCAAUAGCGACACUAUCUUUGUGCUACAACAACCCAUUGGUGUUCCAGCGAGUAGUAAAAAUCCGAAAGGGACAAGCUGUCACACUCAUGAUGGAGGCCACCAACAUGAGAGCUGUGCAGACCAUCAUCACCCAGUACAGCCAGGAGAUUCUACAGAAGGUCUCCCUCACUGACCCGUCACGGGACAAGACCCUGCACAUCCUGGCGCUAAUCCGAGAGAAGUCCGCCCUGUCACAGUCGAGCCUCCCCUCCAGGACCCACCACCUUUCACCCAUGUACCUAUCUGCUGCCAUGCUGCUCGCCGCUCUCAGUUGGCAGUACCUCAGCACCACUGCAGCACAGGCGCAGGGUACCAACGACAUGCAGGGACAGUGAAUCACUCUUCACUUCUCCUGGGGCCCACAGACUUAGAAAGCCCCAUGGCUUCUCUGGAUGUCCGGUUGCCCUCUGACAGGAGGAAUCUGAAGCACUUCUUCCCACCUUCACCCUCUUUAUUAUGGCUGUCUCAGGACCAUGGACAUAUUAACUCUAGACUAUGGAGGGUCACUUGUAGCAGGCUGGUCACAUGAUAGUUUGUUUGACAGUGAUUUGUCGUAGUCCAUCCUACAACUGGAUACAUUAUUUACACACAGUUUUGUGUGGUUAUAUUCACCAGCAUAAAUGACACAUUGAAACAAUUCAGGGCGUUUUGUUGUUGUUGUUGUUUAUGUUCAAAAAGUUUUCCUUACUUUUUUUGAUUGAUUUGUUUGAAACAUUUUGUCCCUUUUUGUUUGAAUUGAGUGAAAUUAUUCAGUAUAUUUGAAUAUUUCAGGGCAGAAAUUAAUAGUUAAAUUUUCUCAGUUAAGUGGUCUCAAAUGUUGAAAUGCAAAAAAAACACAAAACUGCCCAUUUUAUGAUUUUUUGGGGAACACAGUCACGAAACUUCACUAAGCUUUUGCUUAUCAUUUUGUCUCUCAUCUUAGUUUUCAUAUUUUUUCAUGUCAUGUCAAAGUUAGCUAAAUAUUCCAUUUCUCAUGUUUCUAUAGGACAAACACUUUAAUAAAAGAACUGUUACAGUAGUGCACUUCAAGCAUUUGCACUGUAUAUUAGCAUACAUAGUGUGGACAUCAUCCACUCAUUUUUGUUCUUUGUGUCAACCCUUUUCUGUCUUCUGUCUGCUUCUGUUUCAACUCUUUGUACUUUGAAAAAGUGGAAAGAGGAAAAGGACGGUGAAAUUCCAAGGUAGUUUUAUUUGACAUGGACUGGUUAAAUUAAUACGGGAGAACAAAUAUGUUGAACAAAUGUAAUUUCUGACACAUUUGAUGUCAGAGAAAUGCAUAUUGAGACUGCUAGCAAAGUGUCCUUAACACAGCUUUGGUGAGUAGAAAGGCUAGCACAGAGUAACCUUGAACAGAACCAAAGGAGAGCUACAAACAUUGCUAUGUAAUGUGAAAUGUUGAUUUGUACAUAUUUGAACUAAGGAAAUAAACUAUCUGAAAGUUGA